CUUAAAGUAAUUUGUUGCAUUGUAGUUGAAGGUAAGCCGUUUGAAGAUAUGUUUGCAGCAAACAGUGCUUACAGUUAAGAAAUAGGAUCAAAAAAUAUAAAUGCUUGACAUUCUUUCCCUUCUACCACGGUCAUAUACCGAGGUCUACAAAUUUGUGUGGUCGGAUGAUUCCAGAAGAUGAUACAGAAUUCAGACUAAUAAUAAUUAAUUCAUUGGCUUACCACGAUAACAGGGCUAAAGUUCUGAAUGUCUCCGAUGGCCGAUCGACACGAAAUUUGGGGGUAGUUUGGCUGGGGGCAAAGAAUGAGGGUUCAGGUAGUUAGUAGCAAUGACUACAGAUGGAUCUGUACUCAUUGUACCAGGUGAUUUGUAAAAUAGUAUCCGUUUAUUGCACUGUUCGAAUAGGUUAUGAUGUAUAAAAAGAAUAUACAAAAUGUUUGGUUAAAAUAUUAAUGAUUUGCUAAUACAAUUUAAAAAGUGCUGAAAUACGCUGAUGAUGGGUUCUGAUCACACUCAUAGACGAUGGAGCAAUUUGCGAAAAGUAUUGGAGAGAUCCGGUCCUUUUUGCAGAUCGGAUUUCGAACCAUCGUCAGAAACUUUACAAUUUAUGCUGGAUAAUUGUAAGAUUCUUGUUAUCGGAGCGGGUGGUUUAGGGUGCGAAUUACUUAAAAAUUUAGCGUUGAUGGGAUUUAGACAAAUUCAUGUAAUUGAUAUGGAUACAAUUGAAUUGUCUAACCUCAAUCGGCAGUUUCUAUUCCGUCACAAUGAUAUUGGUUUAUCAAAAGCAGAGGUGGCUGCAAAAUUUAUUAAUGCUAGAAUUCCAGGCUGCAAUGUUGUAUCGCAUUGUUGUAAAAUACAAGACAAAGAUGAAGAAUUUUAUAGACAAUUCCAUAUAGUAAUUUGUGGCCUGGAUUCGGUAGUUGCAAGAAGAUGGAUCAAUGGUAUGAUAUUGUCUCUCUUGGUUUACGAAGAUGGAGAAUUAGAUAGUUCUAGUGUAAUACCGAUGAUUGAUGGAGGUACAGAAGGUUUUAAGGGAAAUGCAAGAGUAAUACUUCCUGGUUUAAGUGCUUGCAUUGAAUGCACUUUAGAUUUAUAUCCCCCUCAGGUCACAUAUCCAUUGUGUACAAUAGCAAAUACUCCACGUCUGCCGGAGCACUGUAUAGAAUAUGUCAAAGUAAUUCAAUGGCCAAAAGAGAAUCCAUUUGAUUGCCCAAUUGAUGGCGAUGAUCCCCAUCACAUAAACUGGAUUUAUGAAAAAUCUACUGAAAGAGCAGCACAAUUUGGUAUACAAGGUUUAACAUACAGAUUAGUACAAGGUGUAGUUAAAAAUAUUAUACCAGCGGUAGCAUCUACAAAUGCUAUUAUUGCUGCAACAUGUGCUACAGAAGCAUUUAAACUUGCCAGUAGUUGCAGUGCAUCACUAAAUAAUUACAUGGUACUCAACAAUCUAGAUGGAAUCUAUACUUACACUUAUGAGGCAGAAAAGAAAGAAGACUGCGUUGCCUGUAGUCAAAUUCCAAAAGAAAUUGAUAUUGAUAGCCCCAAAUGUAAAUUAAAAGAUUUAAUAGAGCUUCUCUGUGAAAGAUCUGAUUUACAGAUGAAAAGUCCAGGACUUACGGCAUGUAUUAAUGGCAAAAACAAAACUCUGUACAUGCAAACUGUACCAAGUAUCGAGGAAAAAACUCGAGAGAACUUAACGAAAACGUUAGUCGAGCUUGGAUUGAAAAAUGGCAGCGAGAUAAAUGUUGCUGAUAUUACUACUCCCAAUGCAGUUGUAUUAAAAUUAAAAUUUGUAUAUUCUAAUUCAGAUAUGUGCUAAUCGAAAAAAAAAGAAAA